AUGACGCAGUGGUCCUCUUUUUACUUCACACACCCAACAUCGUAUUAUCCUGCAACCUCGACACAAAUUCACUUUCAAGAUUUUCCAAGGAUGACCCAACAAAACCUGCCUGUCAUGAGUUCAGCUAACCAAGAUCUGAUGAGAAACUGGGCAAACACACACAGUAACUGUAUUAGACAAUGCACCAUCCGACAAGAAACCACCAAGUAUAAGGCUGGCACUCUUCCUCUGAACAUGUAUCAGACUGCUAUCCACCGGGGAGAAUGGCUAGAGUUUGCACCAGUUGAAAGAGUAGAACCUGAAUUUUUAAAGGAAGAGCGAAGAGAAGGCGCGCCUACAUCGGGGGGACCCAGGAGACGAUCAGCUCUCCGAAUAUGA